UGCUCCCCUCUCGAACCUAAUUAUUUAUUAAAGCUUCAACCAAGACUGAAGCACAGAUGGAUAAAGUUCUGGUGCUUUCAACACUUCUCAUUUGUAUGGUUUACUUACCAGAUAUGUUAAGCUGCCUUAAAAAAGAUCCUAUGGAAAUCACAGGAUACGAGAAAGACUGUGUUAAUAAUAGUUGCCGCUACACCGGAAAAAUAGAAGGAUAUGUUGAAGGCUAUGUACCGAUUAUGGAUGUCAUCGAAUGCAGACAGACAAUAAGUAUUCGCUUUUGCCCUAGGUGGGACGGCUGCAUUCAUGGCUCUUCGCCUUGGAUACCGUACUGUGAUCUACAGGGAGUUUGCUGGGAGCCGGAAGAAUGCGCUGAUUGGAGCAGGUUCCCCUGCUACUGCUCAGGAUAUUUCCCUUUUGAAUUCAAGUUUUUCUCUGUGGUUGAAAAUGCUUUAUAUCGGCUUGCAGUGUCUAACGGAACGAGACGGGAUAACAUAUUUUAUGUCGGCAAUAUAUUUGAUUCAUCAAUUAAACCAGAUAACUGGGACCCAGUGGACAAUUUUGAGCUCGCUUGGAGUGAAAAAGAGUUUUCUUAUUCAACCAACGGAGAACAACAAUUACAUUCAGAGUUUGUCUUCUUGGGAAUCGGAGCUCUAAGCGUCCUCCUACUAGCCUAAAGAAAACUUGCUCAGGAGUAUUCCAGAUAUA